AUGCGUGGAUUUCAUAUAAUAAAAACAAGGAGCAUUGAUUUGAAUAAUGCUCACGGGCUUGCAAUGGAGAGUAGAUUGGAGAAAUCUGUUGAACCGACGGGAUAUCGUUUGGAAUUGGAGCCGUAUUUGGAAGACGCUAUGUAUAAAGGGCAUGUUACUAUAAAUGUGACGUGGCUAGAAGAUUCCCAUACAAUAAACGUCCACUGUGGCCACGAUAUUGAAAUCACUGAGACCGAAAUGCAGGCGUAUCUAUCAAGCGAAUCAGAAGAAUUGAAUACGAUUCCUAUCAAGAGAGUAACUGUGGAUUUGAAGAAACCGAUAGCUUUAAUACGACUUGAAAAAACGGUACCGAAAUCCACAAGAGGGUUCAUUAAGUUUAGUUUCAAAGGUAAUAUGCAAACGGCUACCACGGAGGCAUUUUUCAAAACUAGUUAUUCUACAGAACAGGAGGUUGAGAGGAUAGUCGCAGGAACACAACUGCGUCCAAAUAACGCGAGACGUAUGUUCCCAUGUUUUGAUGAACCUGCUUACAAGACUCCCUUUGAACUGAGCGUCGUACGACCGAGAGAUAUGGUAGCACUUAGCAAUGUACCUGUUGCUAGGACAGAAGAUAUUAACGAUGAACCAAACGCGGUCUGGGAUCACUUCGAGAGGACUCCCCCAAUGUCGACAUUCACGCUCGGCCUUGUCAUAGCUGACCUCAAACAAUUUGGCAGCGCCAUACAUUAUGAAGACGAAAAUGGAAAUAAUAUUGAAAUACGUGUUUGGGGUCGUCCAGAAUUUAUAGAAAUGUUAGAAGGCCUCAAUGAGAAAGUGGCUCAAGUGUUUUCUGAAGUCGCAAACUUCUGGCAAGUUCCACUACCAUUACGCAGAUUGGACAUAGUGGCUUUACCCAACUAUCAAGGGGUAAAGCCCGCUGAUAAUUGGGGUUUGAUAGUUUUUAAGGAAAGUGAUUUGACCUCACGAGGCUACCUGCAGAUGUCCCAAGAAUUGUCUUACCAGUGGCUGGGCGCUCUCGUUACUCCAGCUUGGUGGAGCGAUGCUCAUCUCAACAAAGCACUAGUUGGAUACCUUGCUGCGGAGAUUGCUUUUAAAAUUAACAAUGGUUCAGAGAUGGAAGGAAAAUGGCCGAUGACUGUUCUUUAUUCUUUGUAUUACGAGUUCAGUAAACGAUAUCCACACUCCCGGAUCACUGGCAUGAAACAAGAGACAGCUUGCACAAAGAUAGAGCUAUUGUUCAGAAUGUUCAAUUAUACUAUUGGUGGAGACACUUUCAGAAAGGGAAUGAGGAAAUUCAUUGAAUCAAGGAAGUUUAAAACUUUUACUGGCGAUGAUAUUUGGAAUGCCCUCAAUGAAGCUGCAUUAGCAGAUGGAAAGAUCCCGAAAGAUAUUAAUAUUAAAACAGUAGCCACUAGUUGGAUAGAAAAAGAUAGACUUCCAGUGAUCACUGUUAAGAGAAAUUACGAAACUAAUACUGCUUUCGUGACUCAGAAAGUGUAUCUCCGCGAACGUCCUCACGAUCUGCCUUCAUCCAAUAAGAUGUUGUGGAGCGCCCCGCUGGUCGUGUGUCGUUCUGACAGACUCUCCUUCAAAAACUUCACCCCUUCCUCUUGGAUCAGACACGCAGAUCUCAACUUGCUCAACAUGCCGGAUGAAAAGCACUUCAUCAUAGUGAAUCCUGAAGAAAUUGCUCCAUUCCCAGUAAACUACGACCAGGAUAACUGGAACCUUAUAUCAGAGUAUCUUCAAAGUGAGAACAGGGUCAACAUACCAGAGCUCACACGAGCUAAGCUUUUACACGAUGCUUGGAACUUGGCUUACGCUGGAGAACUUUCAUUUGCAACAGCGUUUAAUAUGACAUUAUUUAUGGAACACGAAAGAAAUCAUUUAGUAUGGGAUCCAGUAUUCACAAUGAUCGACCACAUUGGAAGACAUCUUUGUCCGUGCAUUGUUGAUAAAUUUAGAGCGUAUGUUCGCUCGCUUUUAACACCUCUGUAUAACGAAAUGGUAAGAGAUGGAAAAGAUGAUGGAGAUAACAGAAGAAAGAGUUUAUUCUCGUUGACCAAAACAUUCUUAUGUCAAGUUGGUUUCAAGCCUUGUAUCAUUGAGGCUCAGGAGCAGUUCAAUAAUUGGAUGCAGGCACCGAAUCCCGAUGAAGGAAAUCCCAUUUCCAAUCAGUACAUCUGUCCGGUAUUCAAAUGGGGAACGCAAAAGGAGUGGGAUUUCGGACUACAAAGGGUUAUUAACUUCCCACCAUCAAGAAAACAAAGUGAAAGAACAUAUCUCCUUAAAACUUUAGCUGGCUGUCCAGUUGAUGAGAAGAAAAUUGAAAAAUUGUUAAAUAUAACGAUACUAGAAGGCAACGGAAACUUUACUGAAACCGAUUUAUUCUUAAUAUUCAGUAUGCUGACGGGAAAUUCUCAAGGUUACACAACCUUAUUCUAUUUCCUCAACAAUAAUUGGGACGUGCUCAAAGAAAAAUUCAGGAGUAAAACAAAUAUUUGGGAUAACAUGAUAACGUCCGCGACUUCCCAGUUCACUACAAAGACUGGUAUGAAUCUUGUAGCUAUUAUGUACGACAAUCACAAAGGCGAAUUCGGUUCAGCCGAACAUAUUAUAGAGAAAUCGCUAAGAAACAUUCGGGAGGAAGCGAAAUGGUCUGAAGAAAAUAUUCCUGUGAUUGAAGAAUGGUUAAAUUAUUACCUCUCGAGAACAGGAGUGAAAGAUGACCAGGCGUUUGUUGCUAAUUAA